GCUGGUAUGAUCCGGACAGACUCAGAUGAGUACUUCAUUGAGCCGUUGGAGAGAGGGACUCAGGAACAUGAGGACCAGGGCAGAGUCCAUGUUGUCUACAGGAGAUCUGCUGUUCUACAGGCCCCCUCUGACAUCUCACUGGACUACCAACUGGAAGAACCAGAAAUAGAGCUGUCCCUGCCAGGUGUUCCGGGGGUUCUAGACCAGUUGUCCCUGCCAGGUGUUCCGGGGGUUCUAGACCAGGUGUCCCGGCAGGUGAACCAGGCGGUGAGGAGGCGCCGCCACGCCGGAGAUGACGACUACAACAUUGAAGUUCUCCUGGGUGUCGACUACUCUGUGGUGCGUUUCCACGGCAAGGAGCAUGUGCAGAACUACCUGCUGACCCUCAUGAACAUUGUGAAUGAGAUCUACCACGAUGAGUCUCUAGGAGUCCAUAUUAAUGUGGUGUUGGUGAGGAUGAUCAUGCUGGGCUAUGCUAAGUCCAUCAGCCUGAUAGAACGAGGGAACCCGUCCAGGAGUCUGGAGAACGUGUGUCGCUGGGCGUUCGUUCAGCAGAAGGCAGACCAUAACCACUCUGAGCACCAUGAUCACGCCAUCUUCCUGACCAGACAGGGCUUUGGACCCACAGGCAUGCAGGGCUACGCCCCCGUAACAGGCAUGUGCCACACAGUCCGGAGCUGCACGCUGAACCAUGAGGAUGGAUUCUCCUCUGCCUUCGUUGUCGCCCACGAGACCGGACAUGUGCUGGGUAUGGAGCAUGAUGGUCAGGGGAAUCGUUGUGGAGACGAGACAGCCAUGGGGAGUGUGAUGGCUCCACUGGUUCAAGCUGCCUUCCACCGAUACCACUGGUCCAUGUGUAGUGGACAGGAGCUCAAGAGAUAUAUACAUUCGUACGACUGUCUCCUGGACGACCCGUUCAAACACGACUGGCCCCAGCUGCCGGAGCUGCCAGGAAUCAACUACUCCAUGGAUGAACAGUGUCGCUUCGACUUCGGAGUCGGAUACAAAAUCUGCACAUCAUUUCGCACAUUUGACCCAUGUAAGCAGCUGUGGUGCAGUCACCCUGACAACCCAUACUUCUGCAAGACCAAAAAAGGCCCUCCUCUGGACGGGACUGAGUGUGCUCCUGGGAAGUGGUGCUAUAAAGGUCACUGCAUGUGGAAGAAUGUCAACCAGGUGACGCAGGAUGGCUCCUGGAGCUCCUGGACGAAAUAUGGGUCCUGUUCCCGCUCCUGUGGGACCGGGGUUCGCUUCAGAACUCGCCAGUGCAACAACCCAGUCCCCUCUAACGGCGGUGGGGACUGUCCCGGGGUGAAUUAUGAGUACCAGCUGUGUAACACCGAGGACUGCCCCAAACACUUUGAGGACUUCAGGGCCCAGCAGUGCCAGCUACGCAACUCCCACUUUGAGUUCCACAACACCAAACACCACUGGCUGCCCUAUGAGCACCCUGACUCCAAUAAGAGGUGCCACCUGUACUGCCAGUCGAAGGAGACUGCUGACGUGGCAUACAUGAAGCAGCUGGUGCAUGAUGGGACACGCUGCUCCUACAAAGACCCCUACAGCAUCUGUGUCAGAGGAGAGUGUGUG